AUGGUUUACUCAUGGUAUCAAUUCUUCUGGGGAACAGUAGUCGGGAUUUUGAUACUGACCAGCGACAUAAGUUGUACGGAUGACUCAUCAGAAGAUACGUUCACUGAGAGUAAACGCUUUCUGUUAGCUCUUCCAACACCUAAGAGAUUAAGUUCACCUACGAAUUCAUUCAAUCGCUAUCGACGCCCUAUGAAUGACUAUUGGCGUGAACCAUAUAGUGAUUAUUGGAAUCCAAGCACUGAUGAAUUUUAUAGAGAAGAUAAACGAUUUCUAUUGGGUUUACCAUCAAAAUCUGUGGAUAAACGUUUCCUCCUGGGUUUGCCGUCAUCAUACAGACAUCAGAAAAGAUUCUUUCUAGGCCUACCACCACCACCAAGUAGAUCUGCUUCUUAAUGAAAUAAUACUAACACUCA